CUUCGCUCGACAUUUGACCUGACACCAGUACUAAUCGCAAUGAUACCAUGAUGAUUGGAGCUCGCUCAAUCGAAUGUCAUACACAUAUCAGAGCCGUGGAGCAGCGCUUCAGCAUGCUCUAACGCUGACCCUGCGCCGACAAUACACUUGUCUUCCGGCAGAGCCUCGAAAUGUGUUGUCUUCCUCUAGGGGGGCAGGUUCCAGCCAGGAAGCGAGCAAGUCUCCUCAGAGGACGUAUUCUGGCUUUGAACCGAUCAUCAGGAGACCUCAUGAGGCCGGGUCAGGUACUCUGUCCGGAUCGCUGGAAAUGAAAGGCGAAGUUUUCCGGCCUCGCCAAGCGGAUCCUGUCACCGACCACUUACAAGACUCAGACUCCGCUCGGUCGAUCCAAUUCAAGUCCAUGAGGCUAGAUCUAGGCUCAGAAGCGCCCUCAGACGAAGACUUUCCUGAUCUCAUUACCUCUACAUCCACAGGUUUACCCUCCAACGGUGAUACGGACCGACGUUUAGCAGAGAUCGAUCAUCUUGAUAUUACUCGUUUUCAGCCUUCGCAUUGGCGUAUCCGAAAAGGACAUAGUCGGCUCCGCCUCAUAUUGGAGUUCUUCAGGAAGCUUCCCACCGACACAAAUGGUCUUGUGCGAGUCAAGGCACAAUUGGAACGGCUUGUGGACGGCCUGACUCAUUCAGCCGUACCGGAAGGGGUGAAACCAGGGAUCGACCCAAGCUUUUGGGGGAGGAAGACAACGUACUAUCAUCGGACGAUCAGGGAAAUCUCAGCAUUGUAUUUGGAAGUCCUCCAACGACUAUCAGCCGAACACGGGGUCCGGGCAGUCCCCUCCUGUAUUCAUUACUUCACCCCCUUCAUAAUCUCCCUCAUCAAGCGACCACGUUUGAGGCCUUUCAAAGGCUUGCCAAAUAGGUGGGCUUCUAUGAGACUGGAACAGCUUCUCAGCCGCAUCAUGGGCCUCGGACUUAAUUUGACUUCCUACCAAAUGACCCUAAUCGCCUAUCCCAUGGCGAAUUUCCAGGAGCUCAGAACUUCAACGGUCAAGGAAAAUAGGCGCGACCCACAUGUUUCCCAAGCACGCCAGAAUCUGCACGAGGCUCGUUACCUUCAAUCCUGGGACAAGCGUCGAGAAACCCUGCGAGUCAUGAGCCAGGGGUCUUUGAGCUAUGACUUAGUCAUGCAAUUGCGAGCAGAGGUGAUCAUGAGCGUCUUGAAGGAUAUGGGCGGUCUAGGACAUAGCUUCAUCACGUCCCGCCCGCGACUGGUGCAGGAGUUCAAAUUAUGGAAGGGCAUGCGAAAUGACGAAUAUGCAAAUUGGAUCAGCGCACUGGAGAGGCCAGACGAGCAGGAUGAUCAUGAUCAGCCCGAACCUCUUAGUCAAUGGACUUUUCGUGCCGCCAUGCUUCGAGUCGUACUCGAAGACCGUCUCCUUCCAAAAAGGAUGUUCUCGGUCACAGGCUCGGAUGGUCGGCAAGAAAUCUCACUCGCGCCCGAACAACUCCUAAAACGGAUGAUACAAGAAUACAACAGGCCCACACAAGUCAGAGAUUCGGAUAGUGUCAAGCCAAUACUUUAUCUGCGGGGGGCAAUAUACUCCAUCCGGAAUCGCCACUACAUGGCUCGCAGACCGGGAAGCCUGGUCAAGACUGUCCUUUUGCUCGCUGAUCCGGCGAUACAAUGCCCUCCUUUGCCAGGAAAGAUCUUCGAAUCGUUUCUCACUACUUGCCAUGUCGAUACCCAAUUCGUCAGAAUGCUAGUCGCGCUCUGCAGAUUGCCUGCACCGACUUCUCCUGUCCGACCUCACCCAGUACAGCUCCGGCGUCUGUCUAAACUGGCUGGCGUUUCCGAUUCCAAUGGUGCCCGUGUCCGAUUUCACCCGCGUUUCGACAAUGAAAUAAGAGCUGCCUUUCAAGGAGGCGGCUGGACUGCUGUGUGGAAAUUUGCCAUGGAGAGAUGGGGCCAUGAAGGGCCAAAGGAUCACCUCGAGGCAGAUGGCGGCCAAAUAAUAUCAGACAAUCCCCAGCCGGUCGCCAGACUCUGGUGAUCUUGGA